GGAAAUCACUAUCCCACUUGACACGAAAGGUCAAACCUUUCAAUUCAGCUUAAACACGAAUAAAUGCUACAACGCAUUUGCCAAAGAUGAAGAUCAUAGAUUGAGACUGAGCUUCUCCAGUUUUGAAAUGAAUGAGGGAUAUGACUAUGUGGAGGUUGGCGAUCUCUGGGAUAAAGAGACAAGGUCGAAAGAUAGCUUACUCGCUCGGUUCAGUGGGCGUGUUCUUCCCAAAGAUGUCGUUUCCUUGAGCAGCGGCAUGUGGAUUGAAUUUCUCGUUAACGAUAAAAUAGUUGAGUAUGAUAGAAGAAUGGUGGAGUUCACUGUGACAGCUGAAGAACGACAAGUUGACACCAAGCUACCAUGCCCGACCCAACCACCUCGGAACAUGUCACACCCGGCGUCGGAGGGAAACUACAGCAACAACGACUACCAGCUCUGGUGGAUACAAACAACCUCACCGUGCAACAUCACAGUAUAUCCGAUAGAAUUUUGGUUAGGGCAGCAAUACGACUUAGUCUUUCUGACGGAAAACAUCAAAGGACCAUUCCAAAGGCACACCUCCUUCAAUCUUACUGGCAGGAGAGAACUGCAGUAUCUCCAAGGGAAGGCUUAUACAUCAAAAGGCAAAGACCUGGUUGUCGUUUUCACUUCUAAUUUUGAAGUUCAGAGGCCCGGAUUCACCUUCAUAUUGUCUGCAAAUUCUACUGACGGAAAAUAUCCGACAUAUGCUCCGACAACGGAGUAUCCAAGCAAGUCCCAGAUGUACCAAACAACGUCAGUGACUACUAUACAUAUUGGUCAGGAAGAUCAAGAACAUAAAACAAAAUUCUCCCUUAUGGUCGUUGGUGUGUCUACAGUCGCUGUUGCAGUAUCGGCUCUUCUCCUCGUUGCAGUGGUCAGAUGCUAUAUUUCUGGCUCAAAGACUGGGACCUACAGCAGAGACAGUUGGAACAAGUACUGUCCUACUGCCAGAUCUGCAUCUUCUGGAAGUUCUCUUGGUCGCUUCAUCUCCUUUUUUCGUUACCCUGACGAAAGCUUCAGUGAGGGUUACUCAUCUGGAACACUCUCAUCAAAUACUUAUUCCUCUGGUUCCUUCAGUGGUGGUUCAUCCCUGUACAGUAGUUAUACUUCAUCCUCAAAUUCCUACCGAUCCUCCAUCUAUGCUAGAAUACGUACGCUAUUUAGUACUCGUCAUGACAGUGACGACUUUUCCGUUUUUCGUGGAUCUCCUUCGGGUAAUCUUCUAUCCACAUUUCAUCCACAAAGCUCGGAAAACACACGCUCUGAAUCAUCAGAUGAAGAACAUCCCGUCCAGACCGGAGAUCCGAAUUCGUAUAGACGAUUAUCAUUUAGAGCGAUAAGGAACGCGUUCCAAAAUCAAUUGCACAGAACUCCUAUGACUAACUUGCUAUCAGUGAGAUCAAGUUUUUCACGGAGCACGGAUAGAACGAGUACGGAAGGUUCGUCGCAGGAUAUAUAUUCUUUAGUUGCCGAUGGGGAGGCCGACGAGAAUAAUGAUGAUUCUUUUUUCACAACUGACACAACAGCAAGGAUGAAAGUACAACAUACUUACUUCAAAGGCUGCACACUUGGAUAUGAUCCUAUUUCGCAGCCGGUACAGAGUACUGCAAACCUGAUACCCGGUGGGUUAGAUGGCGCUCCUGCAAUGGAUCAACAAGAAAUCAUUUUAGGACAACAUGAAGCAGGUGAUAGAGCACGGAUCACCAGACCACGAAAAAUAUUGCACACCUAUUUCCAAGGACAGAAUAGGUUAAGCUCAGGUCGUUGUCGAAGGAGUUCACUGGGGAGGCCGCUGCCAUCAAUUCCAGAUCGACAAAGAGGAGAUGAUGACAGGGAGACACUGAUAAACAAUGUCACGUAUGAAACACUUUCUGUAGAUUCCAAGUUUGCUCUUGAUCGGGAAACUGGUACUGAUUCUUCAAAAUUACGUGCCGAUGAUGAUUCUGUACAUAGACAUGGAGACCGAAGCGAGAGGGAUGGCAGAAACCUAUCAGGGUAUGAAGCCAGUGGGAGUACUGAAGAUCAUCAUGAUGAAUCAAAGACUAAAGACCACUUACUGCAUCACAUCUCCCCUCAACCACUCAAUGGUUUAGCAUGCGCAUGUACGGUAGAUGAUAAUCCUGACGAUACACCAUUUCCACACAGUGACCGCAUUGUUCUAACGAAAUCGAAUAAUGCGAGAUCUGAUAGCAAUGAGCUACAUGAUGAAUCAACAUCACCUUCAGAAAUAAGUCAGCUCUAUAGUAAAAUGAACAAAAGAAAGAUUUUACAUACGUAUUUCAGAGGACAUGCUCAAACUUAGAGUGAUUUUGAGGCAUUAUGCUCAUAAUAAUGGUGCUUUCGAAAACACGUUGGAAGGGAAAGAGGACCUGCCCAUGAAGGAUGCAGGUUGGGGAGGAAAUUCCAUUGAAAAGUGGAUACCAUGCGCGACCAAGUGGUCUCGAAAACCACCAUAAAUAUGUAUUUUCCAUAUUCAGAAAAUGCACCCCUUAACAAGUCUGU